AUGUCGACGAAAGCAGAAGGUCCAUCAUCUCCACGACAAUUCUUUGCCCGAAUUUAUGGACAUCUUGAAGCGAAAAAAGUUGAUGGUAUCGAGAAAAAUGAUGAGAACAGGACUGAACCGAAAUCAAGUUUUGAACUUUCCUCGAAUAUUCUUCUUUACAAUAGAAAUACGUUAGAUGCGGAUAAUUCGUGCAAUUCUUCGAACGAUGAAGUUAUACAAGUAACAGGUAUAAAAGAAAAAUCCUCAGAACGGGGCGGAAAACAGAAUACCAAUGAAACAAAUACUUUAAUGAACGAGAAAGAAAAGAACUCGAAUUUUUUUAAUUUAAGAUUGCCAUUGUUUCACGAACUUCAUCAAUCUAGACCAGCCAACCAUCCUGUAUUCUUAUCUCAAGUUACAUAUCCGUCUGCGCUUCCGCCACAUUUUCAUAAUUUACCAUAUUUUCCAACUUCGGAACACCAUUUGCAAGGAUUUUCGGCUUUCUUAGCUCGCAAGAGAAGAAAAGAAGGAAGACCACGAAGGCAAAGAACAACUUUCAGUGGUGAACAAACAUUAAGAUUGGAAGUUGAAUAUCGUAGAGGAGAAUAUAUUUCUAGAGGACGAAGAUUUGAACUUGCCACAUCUUUACACCUUACAGAAACCCAGAUUAAAAUUUGGUUUCAAAAUCGGCGCGCCAAAGACAAAAGAAUAGAGAAGGCACAACUUGAUCAAUAUUAUCGGAAUUUCGCUAUUUCUAAUGGAAUGAUAAAUUUGCCAAUUUAUGGUAGAAAUGGAUUCUGUGAAUUUUGUUUUUAUAAAAAGACAUUUGGAUCUACAACUAAUCAUUCAUGUACUUCAAUGAAUUCUGUUACCGGAACUUUUACGAAACAACAAUGUAAUAAAGGUGAAAAUGAUAUAGAUAGUACAUCAAAUGUACUAUUUUCUGCUUGA